CUCCCUCACCCACAUCUCCUAAGCUAACCUGAGGCCAGAUGGGGAUAUCGAGAGCGACUAUAUGAGUGCAUGCUUCAGAUAUCGCAUCGAUGAGAACACUCUCAAAUCAUUACCAUAUUUCCCUUCCAAAGAGUCAUCAGCUGUGAGCUGGUUCGACUACUGAAACUAUGACCGUAUUCUCGCUCAUCGUGAUCAACAAGGCCGGAGGCUUGAUCUACAACCGCACAUUUCACGAGGGCGGCCUCAACCAGCUAACGACGAAUGACUAUCUCGUCUUGGCAGGAACAUUCCAUGGCGUCCAUGCCAUCACCGCCCGUCUCAACCCUCUGAUGAGCCGGCAAGAUGCCGCGGCCGCAGCAACAGCAGCCAGCGUGACCGCGGCAGGCGGGAUACCAGCACGGCCUGAGCCGCCAACGGGACUAGAGGUUAUGGAGACGGAGAACUUCAGGCUGCAGUGCUUCACCACCAUGACGGGCACAAAGUUCCUACUCUUCACCGAUACAACUCAGACCAACAUCGACGUAACGCUUCGGAGGAUAUACGACCUGUACAGCGAUUAUGUCAUGAAGAACCCGUUUUAUCAGCUCGAAAUGCCGAUCCGCUGCGAAAUGUUUGAACGGAAAUUAUUAUCAUACAUCCGGGAGAUCAACAAUCGAUAGGUUCAGAGCAACGUCGCCACGGAUGAUAGACACAGCGAUGGAGAGGAUGAUUCACGGGAGUCUGAUUUCGUUUGGGUUGGGUAACGCUCAUUGCGAGACGGCGUUUGCAGGAGU